UACUGUGUACGUCGUGUACGCGAGGGAGAGAGUGAAAUUGUAAAGAUAAAAAAAAAAAAGAAAAAAAAAGAAAAAAAAUGUCUCUGAUCAGUAAGUGCGGUAACAUCGUCAUCGGUAGGACUUUACUCUGUUGUCGUUUAAAAACAAUCGAUCCAACGAAAUUCCACUUAAGAUGGUCCUCGUCGUCUAGUUUCAAUGAGAAACACGGACAAAACGUCAACAAUAACGAUAUCAUAAGAAAGUCAGUAUUUAUAUCGCAAUCGAAUGAUGUGUUCACCAAUCUGGCAUUGGAGGAUUGGCUAUAUCGUAAUUUUGACUUCACGAAUCAUCAUGUAUUGCUCUUGUGGCGUAAUGAUCCGUGCGUCGUAAUCGGCCGUCAUCAAAAUCCUUGGCUCGAGUGCGAUACACGUAUUACGGAGAAACAUGGUAUAGCGUUGGUACGCCGUAAUAGCGGCGGCGGUACCGUUUAUCAUGACAACGGCAAUCUAAAUCUAUCAUUUUUCACGCCAAAACAAAGAUACAAUAGGAGAUACAAUUUGGACAUUAUUACGAGAGCAUUAUAUCGUGAAUGGGGAUUGAAAGCUGUUGUAAACGAACGUGAGGAUAUUAUCGUCGAGGGACGAUAUAAAGUAUCCUUUGAUGUAUCUGGUACAGCGGCCAAAUUAGGACGACCCAAUGCUUAUCAUCAUUGUACGCUCUUAGUUGCAUCUAAUAAAACAUUGUUGAGUAUGAUCCUUGAAAGGAAAGAGACUGGAAUUAAAACAAAUGCUACAACGUCUACCCGUUCCUCUAUAAAGAAUCUAACGGAAGUUAAUUCGAAGGUAGAAAUAGAUAAACUGAUAGAUACCCUAGGUUGGGAAUAUUUACGUACAAAACCACUUGUUCUCGAAGACGGUGGUUACGAUCAUAUACAAGAACAAAAAGGAUUUCAAUUGAUUAAUCCCACCGAGGAUUGGUUUCCAGGUAUAGACAAAUUGAGGGAAGAAUUUUGUUCGUGGGAAUGGAUAUACGGAAGGACACCACAAUUUUCAAUAACGAAAGAUUUCGAUAUGCCAGCACCAAAUGGUAAUCUUUAUCGGGUUAAUUUGACAUUGGAAAUACAAAAGGGUAUAAUAGAAGAAAUAAGAAUGAGUUUGCCGGCCAAUUUGGCUUCACCCGAUUUAAAUCAAAAUGCUAACGUAUUAACAAAUCUACGAGGCAUGAGAUAUGAUAGCGACAUUAUGGACAAUAUAAUCGCAUUGAUCAGUUGCAAGAAUUUCGCUGAGAGCAUGUCGCAGAAUAUAAAAAAGACAAAUAUGGUCGCGACUCAAUGAUAGAUCGUUACUUCCUUCGAACGAUCCCAAGAAGUAACAUCGAUAAGAUAGAGGAUGAAGGACAAACGAAGGAAUCACAAUUAUCGUUUAUAGAUAACGUGUUUUCAACGUGACAAUACAUAUUGACAUCACGAUGACAUCACAUUUUAUUUAAGAUUCGUAAGCCUUCUGUAUUGUAACUGUAUUUUUAUUUUAUUUUAUA